ACCAACACAACCUCCUCCACUUCUCUUCCCCUCCCUGCGGGUCCGCCGUAGCCACUGCAGUGAAUCCGUCAUCAGUCGAAAAAGAACGAGAGCGCGAGCAAAACCAACGCGACUCCAAAUAUCACGACCAGCGAUCGACUCGCAAAAAAAACACAGCACCGCUUUGGUAACACGUCGUUUCAACGCACAAUUCCACUGCCGUUGUACUACCAAGAGAAGACAUCCGACCGACAGAAUGGGAAAUGAAGCAAGUUAUCCCUUGGAAAUGUGUUCGCACUUUGAUGCUGAUGAGAUUAAGAGGCUAGGUAAAAGAUUUAAGAAACUCGACCUAGAUAACUCGGGCUCCUUGAGCGUAGAAGAGUUUAUGUCCUUGCCUGAAUUGCAACAGAAUCCGCUAGUACAACGAGUUAUAGAUAUAUUCGACACAGAUGGCAACGGGGAAGUUGACUUCAAAGAAUUUAUAGAGGGCGUCUCACAGUUCAGUGUCAAAGGAGAUAAGGAACAGAAGUUGCGGUUUGCCUUCCGUAUCUAUGACAUGGACAAGGAUGGCUACAUUUCCAAUGGGGAGCUCUUCCAAGUCCUUAAGAUGAUGGUGGGGAACAACCUCAAAGACACCCAGCUCCAGCAAAUAGUUGACAAAACCAUAAUCAACGCAGACAAAGAUGGCGAUGGGAGAAUAUCCUUUGAAGAAUUUUGUGCAGUUGUAGGUGGCCUAGACAUACACAAAAAAAUGGUGGUGGACGUGUGACCGGUCUGCAAGCUCCUCACAACACUUUUGCUUUCUUCUACAUCUCUGAAGACCUGCUCAAGAUGUCCAGCAAUGCUCUCUGUGUAUUUAAAUGGAAGUAUUUUCUCUGUGAAGCCACUUUUUCCAACACAAGCCUCGCAAAGCCAACUUUUAAGUGUUAUUGAACUUGAUUCUCUCAAUAACCCAGUGUAGCACUUUAAAAGCCUGAAGGACAGCUUUCCUUGUUGAACGAGCAUCUCAGUUUGGUGGAGGAAGGGAAGAGGGUUGGCAUGUUUUUUUUUUUUUUUUUUUUUUUUUUUUUUUAUAUUUAUUUUGGUGUUGACUUUUUUUUAACAAGGAAGUAUAUCUAAAGGGGAAAUGUGUAGUUAGCUGGGAUGUUACCUAAAUAUACUUGAUUUCAAUACAACGCGAAAGUAGAGUAUGAAGUGCCAAUCAGAACAUACAGAAAAUAAAUUAGAUGAACAUAUGAUUAUCUACCAUCGUUUCAAUUUUGGGAGAAUAAUAGAAGUACUCAAAGCACUGCACGAUUAUACACAAUUUUUUUUCCAAGAGUAUGGCAGAAUUUUUUUCUUUUUUUUCCUGUUUUACACUUUGUACUAAGAACUGGUUUGAUUUAAACGUUUUAGCUUCCGAUCACAUACAGGUAUACCACAAAAAUAUAUAAUUGUUGGAUUUUUUUGUAACAAGGGGGAUUGUAUGUUUUAUUUAUAAUGUUUAUAUUGUCAGGGAGCUAAUCUAUUCCUUGUCUUGCUUUCUGAAAUGCAGAACAGUAGAACAGAAGUAGAUGCUAACGUGUCUUUGCGCGUACCAACUUGAGGUUUACUUUAAAGACAGGUCUUUGUGUUACUGUGGUAACUUUGUGAACAGUUUGCAUCCAUCAGACUUCCCCCAGUAAAGGAAAGUACAUUUCAUUAUUCAUGAUAAAAUAUUUCAAUUAAAAUAAGUUGGAACAUGUUAAUGUAUUUUGUAUCUUACCUUUUAAACAGCUGUUAACGUAAAAUUUAGCAUAGAUUUGCUCUUAUAAUUAAAUUUUAUUAUAUGCAAGUAACUUCUGAUGAUGCAUAUAAAUAGUUUAAAUUAUGUGAGUAUAGGUGAGAAGUGCAUCUUGCUUUAUAGUGUUACAUUUACCAACUUUACUGCUGGCAGCGUUUAAAGGGUCAUUUUUGUUACAGAUAUAUGUAUAUUAGGGAAAUGAGGGAUACAUUUUGUUGACAUUUUACAGUUUUUAAUCAGGAGAAAAGCUUUACUUUAGGUAAUUGUAUGCCUCCUAGUUAUUACUUAAUAGCGCCCUGUAUUUGGAGCUGAUUUCAUUUUAGUUACUCUUAAUGUGGUAUGGUAGAUAAGCAGAUUACAUUUUUUGAGUUUUAAGGUGUGCAUUCUAAUAAAAAGUUAGCUUUUCUUCCCCAGUUUCCGUUACUUUUUUUUU